GGACUUGCAGACGUGACGUUGCGGUUCGUGAUUGGUGGGCGGCGCUGCUAUAUAUCGUUAAGACUUCGAUCCCACCUUCUCGCCAGUGGAAUUUCAUCUCAGCUUCUGCACCUUCAGGGCAGACGAGAACAUAAAAAAGUAACCAAAAGCUGGCAGGCUGACGGGAACGUGCAUCUUUACAGGACGGAUUAUCUGGUAACUGACCAUUUAGCUGUGACACACUCGGACUCUGUAACGUGGGAUUUUGACCAUGAGCUCAGUCGCUGUACUUACGCAGGAAAGCUUCAAUGCUCGCCGCAGUGGGCUUUUGCCAGAGCAGAGUGGUGCUGCUGUGACAGGACCCAGUGCUGGCGAAGAUGACUCCCUCCCAACCUACAAGGAAGCUUUUCCACCUCUACCAGAGAAGGCGGCUCUAUCUGAGGGGACCCAGGAAACUUCCAGUGCCUGGACUAAGAUCCGUCCCCUGAAAUCCUCUAUUAUCACCCAGGUUUUCCAUGUGCCGCUAGAGGAGCGCAAGUACAAGGACAUCAACCAGUUUGGGGAAGGAGAGCAAGCAAAGGUCUGUGUAGAAAUCAUGCAUAAGACUGGAGCCCACCUGGAACUCUCCUUGGCAAAAGAUCAGGGUCUUUCCAUCAUGGUUUCCGGAAAGCUGGAUGCUGUGAUGAAGGCCCGUAAGGAGAUUGUGUCCCGACUGCAGACUCAGGCAUCAGCUACUGUUGCUAUCCCUAAGGAGCACCAUCGUUUUGUCAUUGGCAAAAAUGGGGAAAAGCUUCAGGAGCUGGAGCUCAAGACUGCCACCAAAAUCCAGAUCCCACGACCGGACGACCCCAGCAACCAGAUUAAGAUCUCUGGUACCAAGGAGGGCCUAGAGAAGGCAAAGCAUGAGAUUCUUUUGAUCUCUGCUGAGCAGGACAAACGGGCCGUGGAGAGGGUGAGCAUUGAUAAGGUCUACCAUCCAUUCAUUACUGGUGCCUACAGUAAGGUAGUAGGAGAGUUGAUGCAGGAAACUGGUGCCCGUAUUAAUGUGCCCCCUCCCAGCAUAAACAAGACUGAGAUUGUCAUCACUGGGGAAAAAGAGCAGGUGGCUCUUGCUGUGGCUAUGAUAAAGAAGAUUUAUGAAGAUAAGAAGAAGAAUGUUACCACCAUUGCAGUGGAGGUAAAGAAGUCUCAGCACAAGUAUGUCAUUGGCCCAAAAGGAAACACCUUGCAAGAGAUCUUGGAUAGAACUGGCGUCUCGGUUGAGAUCCCACCUUCUGACAGCAGCUCUGAAACGGUCAUCCUUCGUGGGGAGCCAGACCGACUGGGUCAGGCCCUCACUGAAGUUUAUGCAAAGGCAAACAGCUACACCGUUUCCUCGGUAUCGGCUCCUUCUUGGCUUCAUCGUUUCAUUAUCGGAAAAAAGGGGCAGAACUUGGCUAAAGUUACUCAACAAGCACCCAAGGUGCAUAUUGAGUUUACUGAAGGAGAAGAUAAAAUCACCCUGGAGGGUCCCACCAAAGAAGUACAGAUGGUGCAGAGCCAGAUUGAAGCCAUUGUUACAGAUUUGGUAAACCGUAUAGACUAUGCAGAGAUUAGCGUGGAUCCCAAAUUCCACAGACACCUAAUUGGGAAAGGGGGUGUCAACAUCAACCGCAUCAAAGAGCUUCACAAGGUGAUUGUCCGCAUCCCCCCUGACAAUGAAAAAAGCAACCUGAUACGUAUUGAGGGGGAUCCACAAGGUGUGCAGGAAGCCAAGAAGGAGCUGCUUGAGCUUGCGUCACGCAUGGAGAAUGAGCGUACAAAGGACCUGAUCAUUGAACAGCGUUUUCAUAGAGCCAUCAUUGGCCAGAAAGGGGAGAAGAUAAAAGAAGUGCGUGACAAAUUUCCAGAGGUAAUCAUCAACUUCCCUGACCCGGCACAGAAAAGUGAUAUUGUUCAACUUAGAGGCCCACGAAUGGAGGUGGAAAAAUGUGCCAAGUUCAUGCAGAAGAUUGUGGCUGAAAUGGUGGAGAACAGCUACACUGUGUCAGUCCCAAUCUUCAAGCAAUUCCACAGAAACAUAAUUGGAAAAGGAGGAGCAAAUAUCAAGAAGAUCCGGGAAGAAACAAACACAAAAAUAGACUUGCCUGCUGAGAACAGCAACUCUGAGAUGAUUGUCAUCACUGGUAAGAAGGCAAAUUGUGAGGCUGCCCGAAGUAGGAUCUUGGCCAUUCAGAAGGAGCUUGCAAACAUCACAGAGGUAGAGGUAUCCAUUCCUUCCAAGCUACACAACUCCUUGAUCGGCUCAAAGGGGAGAUUUGUACGCUCAAUCAUGGAGGAGUGUGGUGGUGUUCAUAUCCACUUUCCCAAUGAAGGCUCAGGGAUUGAUAAAGUCACCAUCCGUGGCCCAGUAGAUGAAGUGGAGAAAGCCAAGCAGCAGCUUCUUGCCUUGGCAGAGGAGAAGCAAACGAAGAGUCACACUGCUGAGCUGCGGGCAAAACCAGAAUAUCACAAGUUCCUCAUUGGUAAAGGAGGUGGUAACAUUCGUAAGGUUCGUGAUAGCACCGGAGCCAGAAUAAUCUUUCCCACAGCAGAGGAUCAAGAUCAGGAGCUUAUCACUGUUGUGGGUACAGAAGAAGCAGUACGUGAGGCCCAAAAGGAGCUAGAGGAACUCAUCAAGAGUCUGGACAAUGUUGUUGAGGACAUAAUGAGUGUUGAUCUAAAGCACCACCGCUACUUUGUGGCUCGUCGUGGCCAAGUCCUCAGAGAUAUUGCUGAUGAGUAUGGUGGCGUAAUGGUGAGCUUCCCUCGCACUGGUUCUCAGAGUGACAGGGUAACACUCAAAGGAGCCAAAGAGUGUGUAGAGGCAGCCAAGAAACGCAUGGUGGAGCUCAUUGAUGACUUGGAUGCCCAAGUUACCAUUGAAUGUGUGAUUCCUCAGAAGUUCCACCGCUCACUCAUGGGUCCCAAAGGCUCACGAAUCCAGCAGAUUACGAGAGAUCACAAUGUACAGAUUAAGUUCCCAGAGCGCGAGGACCCACAAGCUUCUCCUGCAGAUGCUGCUGUGCAAGAGAAUGGAGAAGAAAAUGGAGAAGUGAAGGAUGUUCUUGAUUCAAAUGCACCCAAGAAAUGUGAUGUCAUCAUAAUUUCUGGUCGCAAAGAAAGGUGUGAGGCUGCUGUGGAAGCAUUGAGGGCCUUGGUUCCUGUCACUGUUGAAGUGGAAGUGCCUUUUGAGCUUCAUCGAUACAUCAUUGGACAGAAAGGAGUUGGAAUUCGCAAGAUGAUGGAUGAAUUUGGGGUAAACAUUCAAGUGCCUGCUCCUGAGCAGCAGUCUGAUAAAAUCUCCAUCACUGGCUUGUCUUCUCACCUUGACCGUGCUAAAGAAGGCCUCCUGGAGCGCGUCAAAGAGCUGCAGGCCGAGCAGGAGGAUCGGGCACUCAGGAGCUUCAAAUUGACCAUUACUGUGGACCCAAAAUACCAUCCUAAAAUCAUUGGCCGCAAGGGUGCCAUCAUCACAAACAUUCGCACUGAGCAUGAUGUGAACAUCCAGUUCCCAGAGAAGAAUGAUGAAAACCAGGAUAAGAUUACUAUUACAGGGUAUGAGCACAAAGCCAUAGCUGCACGGGAUGCCAUCCAAGCUAUUGUUGAUGACCUGGAAGAGAUGAUCUCAGAGGACAUCACCCUGGACAGCAGGGUCCAUGCCCGCAUCAUCGGGGCUCGUGGCAAGGGCAUCCGUAGGAUCAUGGAUGAGUUUAAGGUUGAUCUCAGGUUUCCCCAGAGUGGAGCAGCCGACCCAAACCUUGUAACAGUCAUAGGACGUCCAGAGUUUGUGGACGAAGCCAUUGAUCAUCUGCUUAACCUGGAAGAAGAAUAUAUGGCAGAUGUUGUGGAGAAUGAGGCAAAGAUGGCCUACAUGAGGCCCGCUGGAAGUAGUGCUGCAGCCAUGGAAGAACAACGUGCUCCAUCCAAAGGCUUUGUGGUGAGAGAGGCUCCCUGGACCACUGCCACUGAGAAGGCUCCCGAUAUGAGCAGUUCUGAAGAUUUUCCGAGCUUUGGAGCACCAGUGGCAGCGAAGGCCUCUCCCUGGGGACCCAAACGUUUCUAAGAUGUGCUGCUACAGACGGGCUGAAAGUUGACCAGAUACAAUCUCCUCCCACCCCGUCCCCAACACAUACACUUAACUUCUUGACCUCUUGACAUGGACUGCUGCUGACCCUCAAACUUCAGUCUUGAGACUUCUCCUUUUUCUUUGUACUUCUCCUGGUUUGCCCUUGCAGGUUCAUAAAGUGCUCUCAAUCACUGUUUGACUUGAGCUUCAUAUUUGCGGUAAUGCUGUCAUGAACUCAAGUGAAGGACGGUGGGGUUAAGUCUCGUCUGAAAUGUCAGGUGUAAUCAACAUUUAAAUGGCUGUCAUCUACAUUGUAGUUUAAACUGUUAUACCAAAAUCAGUGGUGGCAGACAUUAAAUUAUGAUUAUUUUUUUAAUAUUACUGAGCUGCCCUAAUUGUAGUUGCCUUUACAGGGUGGAGUAAAGGGAUUGAGUAACAGCUGAUGAAAUGUUCCACAUGGAGUCAGCUGCGUCUGUACCCAGUGCCUCUCCUGAUGUACUCGUAGCUAACUGAAAAUUCAUUGUUGGCCCUGAAGCACACUGUAGUGGUUGUCUUGUCACAACUUUCCCAUUUGCUUGUAACUGUGCUGUGAACAUGGUCAAGUAGUGGCAUGUACCUUGUAGCCUUAUGAAACUGUAAACUCUAAUGGGGGGGUUAGCCACUGCAGAAUGGCACCCAGUCAAACUGCCAGAUACUUGGAGAUCGUGCCAGAACCAUAAUUCCUACGACACUAGGCAUAGUGCUCCAACGUAUCAACUCUCACACUAAUUGUGGAACGUCAACGUUGAAAAGUGAAAUGUGCUACAACACAUCAUACACACAUACAUCUAGUGCCAACUCUGUGAUGUCCUGUUACCCAUGCUCCAUGUCGGGUCAGUGUCCAGUACCUUUGUCUUCCAGUUGCUAUGCAGCUUGUUCUGUUAAACAGCAGUGGCCCUUUUCUUAUCAGCCUUACAACUACCUUACAACUAGAAUGAUACAGACCAGGUAGAAAUGAUGUUGAGGUGCAUUUCAACAGACUGCAUGAAGCAAUGUUAGUUCCAUUCAACAAUCUUGGAGCAUUCCACAUUUUUGAUUUGGUCUCAUUUUGCUCAUGAAGUCAUUUAUGUCAAACUUAAAUCGCCAAGCAUCAGCCUACCUUGGUUUAUAUCCUCCUAGCCUUGAAUGAAAGAUUAUGCAAAUAACAUAGACGUGAAUGGUUAUGGAUGACACUGGAAAAAGAAAAGUCAAUAAAAAUGGAAAAUCAUGA